CGGAAAAUGCUUUGUUCCGGGUAACAGCGUGUUUGCAGCGUCGCACGGUUUAAGAGGACGUUUUGAUGAGAAGCUAGUUGGUUGUGACGUCUGUUCGCGGCAUCAACAUGGUGAAAUUAUCUGCGGAACUGAUUGAGCAAGCUGCUCAGUAUACUAACCCGAUCAGAGACAGGGAGUUGGAUCUACGAGCUUAUAAAAUUCCAGUACUUGAAAAUCUUGGAGCUACUCUGGACCAGUUUGACACCAUUGACUUCUCUGAUAAUGAAAUACGAAAACUGGACGGCUUUCCUCUCCUUCGAAGACUGAAAACAUUGCUAAUGAACAACAACAGGAUCUGUCGCAUAGGGGAGAAUCUGGAGCACUCCCUAUCGGCGCUGACGGAACUUGUUCUAACAAACAACAACAUCCAGGAGUUGGGUGACUUGGACCCUCUCGCAACAGUGAAGACAUUGACUCUGCUCAGCUUGUUAAGGAAUCCAGUGACGAACAAGAAGCAUUACAGGCUGUAUGUCAUCAACAAAAUGCCACAGAUCCGUGUGCUCGACUUCCAGAAGGUAAAGCUCAAGGAACGCCAGGAGGCAGAGAAAAUGUUCAAGGGCAAACGGGGGGCUCAGCUUGCAAAGGAUAUUGCCAAGCGAACAAAAACGUUCACUCCGGGGGCGGCAGCACAGCUUGAGAAGAAAAGGACGGGCCCGUCACAAGCAGAUGUCGAAGCAAUCAAGAUUGCCAUUGCUAAUGCGUCAUCGUUGGCGGAGGUGGAGAGGUUGAAAGGGAUGCUCCAAGCUGGUCAGAUCCCAGGACGAGAUCAGAGACAAGGUCCAGCUUUGGAGAUGGAAGAGGGGGUAGAGGAGGAGGAGGAGGACGACGAAGAGGAAAAUGGUAACACUGCACCUAUGGCUGGAGCUUCUGGAGAGAUGAACGAGGGUGAUCAGGAAGAAGAUGAAGACAUGGAACCAGAGCCACAUAUUAAUGGCUCCUGAAUACCUGGCAAUAUUGGUUGAAUUUGUUUUUAGGUUGGAAAUGUUUUUAUUUUGUAAAAUGCCAUACAUUAAACUGUUUUCUAAUGUUUCUUGUUCCUAUUCUUUUAAACUGCUAGCUGACAUUCCCCUCUGUACAUGUUUGCCCCAUAAAGAGGAAAAAUCAAA